UUUUUUUUUAACCCCCCUAACCUCAGGUCCUGCCUACUUGCCCAGGCAAUAAAUACACAUUGUGGGGCUUUUUCUGAGCAACGUGACAGAACUCACCACUGGGGUGUCAAAACUCCCCACAGAAGAGCUGAGCAGGGACCUGGUGGCUGUGAGGACCUUGGAGAGGCCACUGAACUCACCCUGCAGCUUUUGCUCUGAGCUCUGUGGCACUGCUUUCCAUCUGAGCAGCUCUGAAGCACAGACCCCACCAGGCUGAACAUCUGUGGUGCAGCUUUAGCUCCCACUCGUCGAGAGAUGAACUAAAACUCCAGGACCUCUUGAGGGAAGGGAUGGAUUGAGGCUCUCAGCCCGUGUUGGAUGUCCUCCUCUCCAGCAGAAACCAUGGCAGGUGCUUCCUGGGCCUCCAACGGGACAGUUGCCAGCGGCAGCUCAGAGCUCUGGUUGGAAGCAGAUUCCCAGGAUUCCUUGUUCACCGUCACCUACAGCGUUGUCUUCGUGCUGGGGCUGGUGGGAAACACCCUGGCCCUGGCCCUGCUGUCCUGCAGAGCGAGGCACACGUCCCACUCCUACAUUUACCUGAUCAACCUGGCCCUGCUGGACACCCUGUUUGUCUGCGUGCUGCCUUUCAAAAUCCAUUCCCACCUGCAGGGGAGCAACUGGACCUUGGGGGCCGCUGCCUGUGGGAUCACAGGGACCCUGUUCCACCUCAACAUCUACCUCAGCAUCGCCUUCUUCACCUGCCUCUGCGUGGACCGUUACGUGGCCGUGCUGCACCCCUUCGCCUACAUCCAGCUCAGGGCCGGCCACUGCGUGCUGGUGGCCACGGCCCUGUGGGUGGUGGCCCUCGGUGUCACCGUCCCGCUUGUCCUCGCGGGUCCCCUCCACCAGCGGGGUGUGGGGAACACCACAACCUGCCUGAACUUCCCCACGGGCAGCUGGACCUGGCGAGAGGCCCCUCACGAUGUCCUGGCCUUGCUGUUGGGGUCCGUGGUGCCGUCCUCCCUCAUCCUGGUGGGAUUCCCGCUCGCGGCCUGCAGGAUCUCCCGCGUCAGGCGCGGCAUGGCCCGGAGGAAGGCCCUGAGCACCAUCUACAUCAUCCUGGCCAUCUGUGCCCUGUGCUUCCUCCCCUCUCACCUCACCCACCUGCUGCACUUCCUGACGAGGGUGCAGCUCAGCCAGGACGAGUCGUUCUCCAUCCUGAUCCACAGGAUGAGGAGGGUCAACCUGGCCCUGGUGAGCCUCAGCUGCUGCCUCACCCCGCUCCUCUGCUACCACAGCUCUUCCAGCAAGCAGUGCCACUGCAGCUUCAGGCUCAGGUUCAGGUCUAAAAAGGUGUUCACCAUCUGUGACCGGAAUUUCGGGGAGCCCUCCUGUGAUUAUAAACUCCAGCAGAGAUGUGGGGGCAAAAACCCCAGAGGUGGAACCAACUGGUUCACUUCAAACCCACGUGGCUUCUGAGAACUGCUGAGUUUUCCACCCCGCGAAACGUGAGACUGUGGAGAGAAUUUUUCAUCUGUGGGUGCUCUGAGGCAGCAGAAAACCACAAGCCUGGCUGACAACCCGACUUUACUUCGGAGGGAUGAGGGUUUUUGGUGUAACAGAUGCAGAGACUCGCUGCUCUUCUCCUUCCCCAGGCCACCCCAAAACUCUCUGUGUGCUCUUGGGCUCUGGGUAGCAGGGCUGUGAGUAGCUGAGAGCAGCAGGGACACUGUCAGGGGCUUUGGUUAACAGGACAAUGUGCUAAAUCAGUAUUUUAGUUUCCAAAUGCAGUCUAAAAUUCCUGUUGUAACCUGGCACGUGCCCAGGUUCUGCUGGACUUGGAACAAGAACUGCCCUGGGCCUGGAGGGAGAAACCAGGAUUAUUGUGGCAGAAGGGUUUGGGGGAAUCAAUGACAGUGUUUCUCUGUUUAUUAAUUUCUCUUUACUCAACAAUGGACGGUGCAGCUUCUGCCCAAAUUCAGCCACAGUUUUGCUUUUAGCUUGGGUGAAAUUUUAAAUACUGGUGAGAAAAAUCUGCUCAAACUUUUCUAAAACAAGGAAAACGAUUCCUGUGCUGUGUGGGCUUGGGGAGCCAAGUGCAAACCCCAGCACUGUGAAGGCAGGAGAGGCUCAGAGGGAGCAUUAGCACAAAUUAAUCCUUCACCUUUCCUGAGCCAUUGCUAUUUUUAUCCCAUUUACAGACUAUGGAAAAUCCUCCCAGCACUGGAGGGGGACUGUUCUUAUCAACUAAGCACAAUCUUUAUGCUCUGCAUAAAGGAAGAAAAAUGUUAUUAAGAGGCUCCAGGCAGGAGAGCAGCUUUCCUGGAGGCUCCUCAGCUGUCCCUGAGGGAAGGAGGGAGAAUUAAAUAAGUUUAGCAGCUUGAUGAUCAGCACAUUUAGGGCUUUAUUCUUUUACCUCCAAUAUCCUUUGCAUUUUAAUUGUUUCACUCAGCACUGCUGAGAUUUUUAAGGGCAAUGAGCUGCAGGAGGGAAGAACACUGAGUGACUUUUGCUUUACUGGGUAAGCAACUCAAAGAUUGUUCCUCAGGACUGUUUAAAAACAGGUUGUCCCAACUCCCUGCACGGGUUUCCAAGGGGGAAGAUCACAGUACUGGUGACAGGUAGGCACUGGCACUGCAGUAACUGGACAAACACUGUAAUUCUUUUAUUAAAACAAACCAGAAAAAAACCCAUUGGCAAGGUAAACAAAAUAAAAUCUCCGUCUCUGUAACCCCCUGUGCUCUGCUCUGCUCUCAGGAUGUGCUCUGGGGCAGGCCUUUCUUCAGGAGGGAGGUGAGAUAACUGCCCAGCUCUUCAUCCUACAGAGGAGAAAGAGAAACGGGAUGAAAGCAAAAUCUUCUACUUGCCUGUCCCAUCUGGGGCAGUAAAUUCAACUCUGGUACCCAGAAAUAGGUUGAAACAGCUCUUGGACCCUGCAGGAUCUAAUGUUAGCUGUGUUCAAAAAUGGAAACAGAGCCACAGCUGCCUUUCUGGGUGUUCCUCCCAAAUACUGGUGUAAAACUCCCAUUUCUCAAAGGAGGUGGCUGGAUCUGAGGGGUCUCUUUUGAGGAAAAUCACCACUUUUCUUGAAAGUAAGGAAUAAAGAACCAUUGAUUGUGUUGCUUUGCCCCCAAAAGGCAUUUCUUUGCUGUAAAGAAAGAAUUUAAUAAUACAGCCAGAGAAAGUGUGCUCUUGAAAGGAAGAGAACAUAAUGAAGAUCUAAUAAAACAGUGUUAAGAUUAGGCAUAGGCUUCAAGCAAGAAGAAAACUAAGAAGUACAAUGUAAAAUACCUCCACACUCUGCAUGGCAGUAGGGAUACAGCUCAGUGUCCUCAAAACACAGAAUUGUAAUAAUUAACUGUAAUUACUCCAGCUCAGUGGUCCCAGAGAGCUCCUGUAAAGCCAUUUCUACUAAACCCAAUAUGGUCAAGAAAAUGGCAGCAACUCAGCUCAUCCUCCAGUCAAACUCCUUCCAAACCAGAGGGAGGAAGGCUCAACACUUCCAGCCACCUCCAGCUCAGGACAGUUUUGGACUGAAAGGAGUUCAGAGCAGAAAGUCCUGGAGUGUUCCUACCUGGUAAGUCCAGGACACGAGCAGGACUUUGGUUCCCUGAUCCUCUGAGUGUGCUGUGGCCUGGAUAAGGAUUGACUCCACGGUUAUAGAGCCAUCAGGGAGAUGCUGCACAGAAUAAUCCUUCAGGACCCUGGGAAGAGAGGAAAAAAAUGAUUUAUUUGGGAGGGAAAUGCACCCAGGUGAAGGGUGGGUCACCCCUGCAUCUUCACCCCAAACCCCAGCCUGUGGUUUACUCCUUUUCGCUGUGGAUGAGCCAGCACCUACUCCCCCC